GGCAACCAUUUCAAACAAUCGAUAUAAAUUUUCUUAGAAAAAUUGACACGACACAUAAUCUUUGAAAAUUAUUAUAUUUUUGUCUUUACAUUUGGUAUCUGAGGUCCCGUCUUUUCAGUUCAAGAAUUUCUUCUAAAAAAAUGUUCAAAGAGUCCAAAUCUCGCAGGGUUGGGGCAAUGAAUAUCGUUGGUCAAAGUGUUGGCCGUUCUUCGAGAAUGCCUCUUAAAUAUACGGACGAUGAUUGGGAUUUUAACAACAGGAUCAAAUUUCGAAUAACUGAUGACCAGCAGAAACUUGCUGAAAGGAUUGUCGCCGAAUCAAAACGAGUGGUAGAUGAAACAAAAGAUACGACUCAAAAUUGGCAACGUGAAGUUGAACAUCAUAUGAAGGAGAGAACAAGUGAGAUUAAAUUUUUGGUCGAUGAGCUGAAUAAGCAAAAGAAGACUGCUCUACUGGAGGAUGAAGCCUUGAGUACUUAUUGCAAUCGGAUUGUACAUGCUAUCAAUUUCCUUAAAGAGAAAUCUUUGGAAAUUUGUCAAAAAUGUUGUAUUUAUCGAGAAGGUCGUAUCGGAGUGGAUCUUGUCGAUGAUGAGGUUGAUCGUCAAUUGAGACAAGAACUCAAGGUCACCAAAGGAUGUCUGUCUUUGUUGGACAAGACAUUGAAAGAGUCUGCUGAACAAUUGAGGAAGCUUCGUGCUGCAAUGUAUUUGUUGGAUAAGGAUCUAGGUCAUAAGGAUAAGUCAUUGCUUAUCGAUCAGGCUAAUUUAACCUUGAGACAAACUCAGCAAAAUGUCAGAAAUCAAAGAGAAUUGGCAAUUCCGAAGUGUGUCUACUCUCUCUCAGAAUGGGAGCAUAAAACAUAUACAAAUAUUAAGGACAAUGCAAAGGAACUAAAUUCAGCUAAGCAAUUACGUGCUUAUGUUGAUAUUCUUUUAAAGCAAGUCGUUGAAGAUAUGCAAAACCAAACAGAUCGAACAAAUGAAGCUUUUGAGAUGAGAAUUGAGGAAAUGCGUCAUGUUAAGAAGAUGCUGGAGCAAAAACAUAGCGAGAUUGUGAAUCAUAUUAGUGAUGUCAAUCGAAAUCUUCGUCAAUUGGAGUCGGAGUUGUCGGAUAGGGAAGAGUCGUUGCAUUUGUGUAUGGUGCGUUUGAGUAAUCGAUGUCAGAGACCAGGAUUGGAAUUAACUUGUGAUGCUGUUCAGAAAGCUUUGAAUAGUGAAAUGAGGGUCUUAAAGGAUAACAUUUGCAAGUUGAAGAAGAAAAUUGCAGAAAAUAAAGCAUCUCUUCGUUACUUGCUGCAUGUUCAAAUAAUGCAAGAGGAGGAAAUUAAUAUAAAAGCUAAUAGCCUUAAAAUUGACGAAGUUGAUUGCAUGACUAUACGUCGAGCUCUUCGUUAUCAACCGUUUUAAUAAUGUAAACAUUAUGUUUUGCUUGAAAUAAAUUAAAUGCAACUAUUCGAUUGA